UUUGUAAUUACUUUUGCAUAACAUAUUGUAAAAUCUUCGAAUUUGUAAAAGUUUAGUUGAUAACAGGUUUUGUGUAUAACACUGUUAAAAAAGCGUUAUAUACGCGAAUUGCAAAUCCAAGAAAUGACGGACAAUGAAAAUUAAUAGUGUAAUGCUCUAGAUUGAUUUUGCGAUCUCUUGAUUUCCGUUGUGCGUCUUUGUUUUUUUAAUGAAAAUCGAUACAUGUAGCAUAUAACUAGAGCAGAUAUGGAUAUCGUUGGACUGGUCAAGCGGUCCUAUUCGGAUUAUGGUACAAUUCUGAAGGAUUCUUGGUAUACUAUUAUAGCAGAAGAACUAAGGAAUAAUUUUGCUUUCUCACUGAGUUUUCUGCUACUGUCGAUAGCAACCAUUUUUGGACUUUACUGUUGGAGACGAAUUCAUUUGAAAAAACUCCGGGACAAGGCGGCCCAGUUGCUAUUCCAGAGGCAUGACUCAUCUCAAUUGCGCUUUCGGAAACGCGACAAAGUGAUGUUUUACGGUCGGCGAAUGUUGCGUAAAAUGAAAUCUAUUUCUGGGCAAGCUUAUAGUGGUCAAGUCAGGAAGCGCAAAGCAGUAAUGCGUUUUGCCAAACGUUUGCUACAAAUACGCCGCGAUAACGACCCAAUUCAGCUACAGGUUGUUGAGCCCCCAGCAGAAUAUCUGGAAGAGGCGGCUGAAGGGAACGACAAAGUUCCGCCCGAUGCGUUGUACAUGCUGCAGAGUAUCAGAAUUUUUGGUCACUUUGAAAAACCUGUAUUCCUAAAAAUUUGCAAGCAUACUGAAAUCAUUAAUUUAAUAGCCGGUGAGUCCCUUAUUAAAGUAGGUGACCCAGACGACAGUGUGUUUAUUGUUCAGUCUGGACAGAUAAAUGUGUUUUUAAAUAAUCCGGACGGUAGCUCAAUUGCCCUUAAAGUAGUUCGCAAAGGUGAAUCGGUGACAUCCUUACUGAGCUUUAUUGAUGUACUAGUAGGAAAUACCAGCCAGUACAAAACAGUUACAGCUAGAGCGAUGGAAAAUUCUCAAGUCAUUCGGCUACCUAUGUUUGCCUUCAAGGAAGUAUUCGAUGAAAGUCCGGAUUUGCUGAUUCGAGUUAUACAGGUUAUCAUGAUUCGUUUACAACGUGUCACAAUUACUGCACUUCACAAUUAUCUUGGUUUGAGUACUGAGUACAUACAGUGUUCAUCUCAGCGCAAAAAGGUAGCUGCCCCUAUUAAAAGUAGUCCCGGCCAUCGACGGGUGCCAUCUGAUGUGCAAAUGCCAUCCCAUUCGUUGGUUGGCCACGCUGUAAGUAAUGAAACCAAGCCGGAUAUGCUUGCAGAUUUAGCAGAUCAUAUUGCCAGUCGACGUACAUCAGCACUCCCUAGCGAACCAAUGGAAGAUACCGUUAUGAAGUCCAUCGCAAUUGACGGCUUCCUCAAGGAGUUGGGUUUGAAAGAUACCGAUAGACCCUUCGUCGAAGACAACAUUGUCCUGAAAGAGAUUGCACCAGGAACCACUCUAACUCAUCAGGGAAGAAGUGAUGAUGUUCUGCUUAUUUUUGUCAUCAGUGGAGGUUUGACCAUCGCACAGUAUCCGCAACUCAAUAUUGGAUGCAAUAAAAAGUUAGAUAAGUCUGAUAAUCAUACGGUUGCCAUUCAUCCUGGUGAUGUAGUUGGUGGGUUAGCAGUUUUGACAGGGGAAAGCAGUUUGUAUACAAUUAAAGCAAAGCACUACUCCCGCGUUGGUUUACUGAACAAAGAAGUAAUCUACAACAUUAUGCGCGAACGCCCAGGUGUAGUUUUGGAUAUAGCAGAUAGUGUGGUAAAACGAUUAUCACCAUUGGUGCGGCAAUGUGAUUUCGCACUGGACUGGAAUUUUUUAGAAUCUGGAAGGGCAGUCUACCGUCAGGAUGAGAACAGCGACUGUACCUACAUUGUACUAAAUGGUCGGCUCCGUUCAGUCAUCACUCACUCGAAUGGUAAAAAAGAAAUUGUGGGAGAAUACGGCAAGGGUGACCUAAUCGGAAUUGUCGAGAUGAUUACGGAAACACCACGUACUACCACAGUGAUGGCGGUUCGCGAUUCGGAGUUAGCAAAAUUACCAGAAGGACUGUUCAAUGCAAUUAAGUUUAAAUAUCCAAUAGUAGUAACACAGCUAAUCAGUUUGCUUAGUCAUCGAAUUCUAGGAUCAAUGCAAUCUGCUCCAAUAAAUGGAAGCUCGUUAAAAACUGUACCAUUCGAUACAAAUCAGCAGAUUCAACAUCGAUAUUCGACAGUUGCUAUCGUCGGUAUCAGCGAAGAUGUCCCUUUGACUGCAUUCACAUACGAGUUGUAUCACUCAUUGUGCGCGAUUGGCUCUACUUUGCGGCUAACGUCAGAGGUUAUUCGAAAAACGCUGGGUCCCCAAAUUAUGGAACAAUCAAAUGAAUACCGACUGACCAGUUGGCUGGGUCAGCAAGAGGAUCGUCAUAACAUCGCACUGUAUCAGUGUGAUUUGACAUUUGGUCCUUGGACGCAACGCUGCUUGCGGCAGGCAGAUGUGAUAGUCAUAGUCGGGUUGGGUGACCGGCUACCAACUAUCGGAAAGUUGGAAAAAGAAAUCGAUAGACUGGCGAUUAGGACUGCUAAGGAGCUAGUGCUCCUGCAUCAUGAGGGUGCCGCCCGACCGAGUAACACCACCAGUUGGCUCAAUAUGCGUGCUUGGGUAUCGCGACAUCAUCAUAUUCAGUGCCCGAAGCGUAUGUUCACCAGGAGAAGUCAAUAUCGAAUCAAUGAUUUGUACAGUAAGGUACUGAUGUCGGAGCCGAAUAUUCACUCAGACUUUUCGAGAUUGGCUCGAUGGUUAACUGGAAACUCUGUGGGACUAGUGCUGGGAGGUGGCGGAGCACGUGGAGCUGCACAUGUUGGUAUGUUGAAAGCUAUUCAAGAAGCUGGCAUCCCAAUCGACAUGGUUGGGGGCGUUAGCAUUGGAGCGUUCAUGGGUGCUCUUUGGUGUUCCGAAAAAAACAUUACCACCGUCACACAGAAAGCUCGCGAAUGGUGUAAGAAAAUGACUCAAUGGGGUCGACAGUUGUUGGAUCUCACUUAUCCCAUCACAUCUAUGUUCUCUGGAAGAGAUUUCAACCAAACUAUUCAUGGAACCUUCGGUGACGUCUGCAUCGAGGACCUGUGGAUUCCGUACUUCACGCUUACCACCGAUAUUUCGGCUAGCUGUGCGCGUACGCACACCCAUGGUUCCCUUUGGCGCUAUGUUCGAUCGUCUAUGUCACUUAGCGGAUACAUGCCACCGUUGUGUGAUCCAAAAGAUGGACAUUUGCUGCUGGAUGGCGGUUAUGUCAAUAACCUACCAGCGGACGUAAUGCGUGCCCAAGGAGCCGCGCACAUAAUUGCGAUCGACGUAGGCUCACAGGACGACACCGAUCUGACGGAUUACGGCGACGAUCUUUCCGGCUGGUGGCUCCUUUACAAACGCUGGAACCCCUUUACAUCACCCGUCAAAGUGCCGAAUCUUCCCGACAUUCAAUCCAGGCUAGCGUACGUCUCAUGCGUGAGGCAACUCGAGGAAGUUAAAAAAAGUGAUUACUGCGAAUAUAUUCGACCGCCUAUCGAUCAAUACAAAACGUUGGCUUUCGGAAGCUUUGACGAAAUUAAAAACGUAGGCUUCGAACAUGGAAAAUCUUUCUUCGAGGAUAUGGCUAAAUGUGGUCGCUUGUCUCGUUUCAACCAGUGGAGCGUAAAAGAAGUGCCUCACAAAGUGAUGCAUUCGUUUAACGAAUAUUCCUUUAUUGACCUAGCACAGAUUGUCUGUAAAGUACCGGAAACGUAUCCCGAACGUUGUUAUUCUUCCAGUGAGGAUGAUUACUACGACGGGUACGCUUCGGAACCGUCGACCAUUCCGAUGAACAAAAGUGCAUCUCUUCGCAUAAUGAGAACAGCCGGAUCGCUGUCACUGUCUGAAAACGAGAUGGAUUCGGAUGAAUUGGAAAUUCCAGUUGCAUUCAAAAAACUACAAGGAACACUUACACCGGAGAGAAAUGCUAGUGUCCCGCUCACACCAGAAAAGACAAUCCAUAGUAAUUGAAUAAUCUCAUUCUCGUAAAUCUUUCUUUUUACCACAAUAAUUUCCAAUUGCUGUAAGAAAAACACAAUCGGUAAAUCUGUACGACUACUAUUUUUGUAUACCAAAAUAAAUUCUAGAAACUGAAGGUCGAGGAGGCCUCCAAAGCAUGUGCUUACUAGAUUUCUGUUAUAGUUGAAAUAUAAAAACAUUGUAAAUAUAUAAAGGAUUUUCCAAAAA